AUGGAAAAAUCAAAAAAUUUCCGCAUCGACGCUCUACUAGCGGUCGACCCCCCGAAAGCGGCCUCGGCGCAGACCUCUCCACUGGCCCUGGUCACAUCGCUCGCAGCCGCCACAGCUGGCCACGGCGGCGGCGGCAGCAGCGGCGGGGCGAGCAGCGCGGGCAGCGGCGGCGGCAGCAGUGCCAGCAGCAGUUGCAGCCCGGCGUCCUCGGAGCCGCACGCGGCCGCUUCCGACUGCCUGCGCGCCGAGAGCCCGUCCCCACCGCGCCUGCUGGCGGCGCACUCCGCCGCAGCAGCAGGGGGCAUGGCCCUGGGGCUGCACCCGGCGGCGGCGGCGCAGAGUGGAGCGGGCCUCCCAGCGCAGGCGGCGCUCUAUGGUCACCCGGUCUACGGCUACUCGGCGGCUGCUGCGGCGGCGCUGGCCGGCCAGCACCCGGCGCUCUCCUACUCCUACUCGCAGGUGCAGGGCGCGCACCCAGCUCACGCCGCCGACCCCAUCAAGCUCAGCGCGGGUACCUUCCAGUUGGACCAGUGGUUGCGCGCGUCUACGGCGGGCAUGAUCUUGCCCAAGAUGCCCGACUUUAACUCCCAGGCGCAGUCGAACCUGCUCGGGAAGUGCCGCCGGCCCCGCACGGCCUUCACGAGCCAGCAGCUGCUGGAAUUGGAGCACCAGUUCAAACUCAACAAGUACCUGUCGCGGCCUAAGCGCUUCGAGGUGGCCACUUCGCUUAUGCUCACCGAAACCCAGGUGAAAAUCUGGUUCCAGAACCGACGGAUGAAAUGGAAACGGAGCAAAAAGGCCAAAGAGCAGGCUGCGCAAGAGGCAGAGAAGCAGAAGGGCGGCGGCACAGGAAAGGGAGGCGGCGGCGGCGCGGAAGAGAAGGAGGAUGAGGAGCUGCUGGGGCCCCCCGCCUCUGGGGAGAAGGGCAGCGGACGCCGCCUUCGGGACUUGAGGGACAGUGACCCCGAAGAGGAUGAGGACGAGGACGACGAGGACCAUUUCCCCUAUAGCAACGGCACCAACACCAACGCCCCCUCCUCCGACUGCUCUUCGGAGGACGACUUGCCACAAACACGGCCUGGUGGCCCGGGACAUCAGCCCCCGCCUCAAUAG